UGUCAUAGCAUCUCAGGUUGGAGUACAAUUAAAAUCAGUAUCAAAAUGUUAAAGCAAUCAAAAUACUGUAAUUUAAAUAGACUGGAUAUAUUAAAUAUGAUUAACAUGUAAAAACAGUUUAAAAGGUUGAAACGGUUUAAAACUAUGUGCAUAAACAUUUGAAGUAACUUAGGCCCAAAGACUUUGAUAAACAACCAUGUUUUCACUUGGCACCACAAUGAAACCACUGUGGACACCAAUUGGAUUUUCAAGGAGAGGGAACCAUGCCAGUUAAAGUGGUGUCAAACUGUUCUAUUUCUGAAUUGUGGAUGUAUCCUGAGCCUAACAAUGCAAUAUGGUUUCAGUAGAUGUUUCCUUCCCACUUCUUCCACAAGUUUCCUGAUAGGCUUUGGCUUUAAAAUGUUCAAGGAGAAUCCUUGUAAAAUGUUCAUUCUAGAUAUUGUACAUACGAGAAAGUUUUUUUUUUUGUUUUAAAUUCUAAUAAUUUUGCAGUGAAUCAGAUCUGUAUUGUGCUAAGCUUCCUCUUCUGGACUGUUUUAAAGCAUUCCAGCCAUGAAUAAGCUCUAGGGGUAUGGCAUGGGAUGGGCAUAUUGCAUCACUGUUGAAAUGGUACCUCCAACCAAGCUGAGAAGAAGCCAAGCGGUGCAAGGUGGCUUCUCUCACCCCUCCUUUUCUUAGCUAUCUAAUUCUGAUCAUGGUGCCGCUAGGGAUGUUGUGCCAGUAUGUUUACAUCCACUCGCUCUUUCCUUGUACAUCAGAAACCCUCUCAGCUUGUCCCCAUCUAAUAGCCUGCUUGGCAAAAGAAUGGGUGACUCACAGGAAGAAUGGAGGCUGGAAAACACAACUUAUUAGGUUUGAUGUAUAUUGGCAAACUUUCCACUGCUAGCUUUGGCAGCUGAAAUUGUGGACGUGGUCCACACUGAAGUGGCCAUUAGCUACUCCCUGUUACAGCUCCCUGUUCGCAAAUCGCUUUCUUUUGAAUUAGUGGAAGGUCGUACGUAUUGCUGGAAGCAAGUUGAAGUGAACUUUGUUGUUUAUAUGACGGUAGCCCCAAUUUGGAAAGGAACAGUAGUAGAUCUCAGGUGUAGUGGUACAUUUUGAGUUAAACUCACAAGGAGAGGACAAAAAUGCAGACAGCCAUGUAGAUUCAUGUCAAUGAGUCAACUGUGAUUUUUCCAAGUUAGGAACACAUCUUUUGUAGAGCUGAUGGGUCUUACUUACCCAUCCAAGAAUAAAUCAUCCCAAUAUAUUGCAUUACAACUGGGAUGGCUCACAGAAAUAUAACAAUCUGUCCUAUUCUCAGAUGAAAUAGGAAAGGUUUAGGGACUGAUGAUGAUGAUCCCUCCUCAUUAAAAAGUCCCAAUGCUUCAGUCAUAAGGGAGUUCUAACUCAACUGCACCGUUGAUCUUGGCUCUCCAUAGCUGUUAAGUGAAAUUAUGUGUACAUAUUGUUAUUUAUCCAGCACAUUUUUAGUGACAAGUUAAUGGACUGAAGAAUACCAUGUUCUUUUGCUAAGAUAUCUGGCUCUUUCCCAAAGAACUAACAACCUUAACAGCAAUGACAGGAAGUAGUUUGGCUCAUGUAGGAGUUAGACCUUGGUUCUUCUUUGACUCAUACAUAAUUGGAAAAUCACUAUUGGCUAUGUGUUGUUAAAGUGGAGUCAUAAUUAAUAUUUUCAUUGCUGUGAUGCAGAGAACUCUGUUUUUUUUAGAAAACAGAGAUGAAGGGGAAAGUGAUUGCAGAACUCUCUGGAACUUAACCUCGUUAUCAAUUUAGUACAGUUAAAUGCCCCAACUUCUUAUCUACUGAGGCAGGAUGUAUUUUCGACUGUGUCAAUCCUUGCCAUGUGACUAUUGACGGUACUGUGUAUGGGCAGGCUUUAAACAUACCCAGUAAAGAACAUUGUGUAUCGAUAUAUGUGCCAUGGAUGUGAUGAUUAGGAAUUUCAGUUGGUGGUUUCAGUUUAUAAACUACUAAUUAUCUAGUAUAUUCCAAGAUCUGCUGAAGUUUGCUGUGCCAUCCUGAAAGGUUACAUUCUGAUCUUCUUAGGAGCUGCUUCACCCGGCCGCACUGCCAAGCCACCCUCUCCUUGGCUGAAGACUCCAUUAGCUGGGUCACUUGGCUCCUCUGAGUCUGUCUUCCUUGUCCCCCUCAUCUCUCUCUUUAUCCCCCACCUUCCUCCCUUCUCCUAGUGAUAUAGCAAUAUGACAUUGGCAGGCAGGAGGUAAAGCAGCCUGGACAGAAAUUUUGGUUCUGAAAACAAGACAUGUCCAGGAAAAGGAGGAUGUAUGGUUAUUCUUACCUGAUCAUAUCUAACAGGAUUAUUGUAGAAUAAAUCAGAGGUGAAGAAAGCCAUGUAUAGUGCCUUCAGUUCAUUGAAGGUGUGAUAUAAAUGUAACUAAAAAUUAGAAGAAGAAGAAGAAGAAGAAGAAGAAGAAGAAGAAGAAGAAGAAACAACAACCCAUGGGUGUUGUUGAGAAUACUAAGGCACGUCUUACUGGACCCAGAGUGUCAAUUGGACUUUCAUCCUGGAAGUUUGGAUAGUGAUUGUACCUUGGAUGGUGCCCAACACGUCUUCCUGUAAUGUGUACUGUGCAGAGUGAGCAUUCCAAGGGAUGCAUUAGAGGAACUGUUCUUGUGCCAAGCAUAGAAAUAUGAAUGAAGACAGCUCAGUCAAAACAUCUACAGAGAAAGUCAGCAGUCCAGUUUCUAUCUGUGCAGAAGAUGAUCUAAAAAAACAACGAAAAAUUGUGGCUACUGUCCAUGACAGAGAAGUUGUUGUUUUCUAUCAUGAUGGGAGGUUUUAUGCUAUGGACUGCCGCUGUUACCAUGCAGGAGGUCCUUUACAUCUUGGAGAAAUAGAGGAUAUCAAUGGAGAGCCAUGCAUUAUUUGUCCCUGGCACAAGUACAAAAUAACUCUGGCCACUGGUGAAGGACUGUAUCAAGCAAUAAACCCAAGAGAGCCAUCUUUAUCUCCAAAAUGGCGAUCAAAAGGAGUAAAGCAAAGAACUCAUAGUGUUACUGUAGAGAAUGGAAAUGUUUAUGUAACUCUGUCUGAUUUAAAUGACAGUAUAGAUUCUGAUUACUAUGCAGAAAAGUUUAAGAAGAGUAUAAAUUAUGUGAAAAAAUGACACAAUUUGUGCUUCUUAAUAAACUUAAUUAAAAUAAAAUAACUAUAAUGAAAUGUAUCCUUCAUGCAAGGAAGCUUCAUUUCUGGGUGAUAAUAUGACAUUAAUUGAGUUAAUAAAUUUAUAAACAAACCUCAGUCUUUCUCAAAGAUGAGUAAGCAAGGAUGUAUUCAUGUCUUUGAGAAGAAAUUAUCAGUAGAGUAAGUAUACAGCAAGUUGACAUCCAAGUAUGCACAGUACUGACAUUUUUACAUUGAUACAGUUAAAGGUUAAAACUAACAGUCUUCAGAUACCUCCCCCUGAAUGUAAAAUACUUCUAGAAAGUAUUGUAAUGCUAAAAUGUUGUCUAUGUAAUUUUAGAUGCUAUUUUACAUAAUAAUAGUAUCAAAUUUUUUUAUUAUAAUUGAAAAGACAUUGAUGCUCCUUGGAGAACCACUCCAUCUGCCUUGACAGAUAAGGAGAGGUGUGCAGUCUGUGUGUUUUGUGGCUGAAUAUUAUACUAAUAAAUAUUCCAGAAAUGUGAA